ACAAGAAAGAAAAAAAUGGAGGAUUGAGUGGGACAGAUGGGAGAUACAUAGAGGAGGUAAGUGUAACGAGUCUCGUCCUCACAGCGUGACAAUGGAUAAGACAUUGUUGGAAAUGGCGACCUCUCCAUUCACUACCUCCUUACUCACACUCCGCGCUUCUUCUUCUUCUUCUUCUAAACUCUCCUUCAUCAGAGCCUCAUCAAGAAGAGAUUUCUUCAAGGGCGUUGCAUUGCAGGCUCUUCCACUGCUUCUUCUCAGACCGUCACUCGCCAGAGAGGUUGAAGUUGGCUCUUUCCUUCCUCCUUCCCCUUCCGACCCCUCUUUUGUUCUCUUCAAAGCUUCUCCCAAGGACACCCCUGCCCUUCGAGCAGGAAAUGUGCAGCCAUACCAAUUCAUCCUCCCACCCACCUGGAAACAGGCACGUGUGGCAAACAUAUUAUCUGGAAAUUACUGUCAGCCAAAAUGCGCAGAGCCUUGGGUUGAGGUCAAAUUUGAAGAUGAAAAACAGGGUAAAGUGCAGGUUGUGGCGUCGCCGUUAAUACGCCUAACCAACAAACCAAAUGCCACAAUUGAAGACAUUGGAAGCCCUGAGAAAGUGAUUGCUUCUCUUGGUCCAUUUGUCACUGGAAACACCUAUGAUCCUGAUGAGCUCCUAGAGACUGAGGUUGAAAAGCUUGGCGAUCAAACGUACUAUAAAUACUUGCUUGAAACUCCGUAUGCUCUAACGGGUACGCACAACCUCGCCAAAGCAACGGCCAAGGGAAACACUCUUGUUCUCUUUGUGGCUAGUGCCAAUGACAAGCAGUGGCAAGCUUCUCAGAAGACUUUGAAGGCCAUGCUUGAUUCCUUCCUCCUCUAGUUUUUUUUUUCUCUCUCAGGUUUUCCUUCUAUAAUAAUCACUGAGUAAGAGUUGUGUUGGCUACCAUUUGGAAUUUUCUUUUCCAAGGUUCAAAUCUCUCUGUUCUGAUAGUGUUAGUUUAUGCUAUUCUUGUAACUAUAAAGUUGAUAUAAUCAUUAUUAUACAAGGCCUCCAAAUCAUACAUCUUAUCUUAUAAAAUAUAAUAAGAGAGAGUAGGGUUCUUUGAACAGCAA